UAGCUAUUGAUCUCAUAUUAUCAUUCCAUAAGGUUAAAAAUUGGUUAGAAAAUAUGAAUGCAAUGAACAAUUUACCAAAAAUGAUUAACAUUGAGAGCUUGCCUCAUCAGCGACAACCGCAUCAGGCAAUAUCAGGAUUUUUAUUUCGAUCUAAUUCAGAACGUUACCAAAGAACUCCUAAAUGUGCUAGAUGCAGAAAUCAUGGUGUUGUGUCGGCCCUGAAAGGUCACAAAAGAUAUUGCCGAUGGAGAGAUUGCGUUUGUGCAAAAUGUACAUUGAUAGCAGAAAGGCAGCGUGUCAUGGCAGCACAGGUGGCAUUAAGAAGGCAGCAAGCACAAGAAGAAAAUGAAUCUCAAGAUAUUUCAAUGCAAUUUCCAUACGCAGGUAUUCCUUGUUUACCGGAGUCAAUCACAUUCAAUCAAACUUCUACAGAAACUGCUCCAAAAACGGUAAAAUGUUUAUUAGAGAGUGUUUCUGAAGAAGCUAAUAUCAACACUGAUAAUGCAGACGAUGAAAGAGAAAAAUAUCAAAAUUUGGCUCGAUCUCGAUCAUCUUCUCGCUCUUCAACAUGCUCCAAAUCUAGCAUUAAAUCUAACUUAAAAGCAAUGGAUAUUUCAAAAAAGUAUAAAAAAAAAUUUAAUAAUUUUUUGAGAAAAAAUAAAAGUGAAAUUCACGGUAUCAACCGUCAAAAUCAUGAAAAUGAAGCUUAUGCUUCGGUUAAUUCAAUGCCGAAUGCGACAGUUUUAUCAAUUGCUGACGCGGCAUCAGAUGAUAUGAGUAAACCAAAAAACUUGAGUAUACGUAAAUUAGAUGAACCAUUCGGACCGCAAAAAAUAAAAAAUAACAUAGAUAAUCAAGAAAUUGGUAAUUUGUCUCCAAUUGACCGAUCUAUGUCAGUUUCCAUCAAUAAUAUUGCUACUCAUACUUCAUUUUAUGGCAUAUCGUCAGGAUCAUACUACUAUUCUCCAGUCAUUCACAAGUCACCGAGCAAUCCAAUCGUCCACAUGCAAGAAGAUAAUAAUUAUAGUGAGCUAUCAUCAAGCGUAUCAGUCAAUUGUUUUCAACAUAAACACCGAUCACCUAUUGACGUUUUACUCAAAGUAUUUCCAACUAAAAAGCGUUACGAAAUAGAAAAUAUAUUACUUUGCAAUGAAGGUGAUGUCAUAGCUACUAUGGAACAUCUUAUUUUUGGCAGUACUUUAAGUCCAGAAUUUGAAUAUCCUUCAUGGUGUAGUUCACCUCCAACAUUACGUCAAGAAUUUCCUAAUGCCAUAAACGGAAAUACUACAUUGAAAUCGAAUAAUUUGUACUGUCCUGAAGUUCCACUUACAAGACAUCGAUUUUUAGCAGCUCCAUAUUCUGGUACAGGUUAUUUACCAACAGUUAUACGAUCACAAACUCAAACCAGUGAAAUUGAUCACGAGAAAAGUUCUUUCGAUAUCGAUGACGAACAUAGUAAUAAAUCUGAAUAA